UGCUUUGUGCUCUGAAAGGAUACGCGUCGUCGCAGGGUAGUGCUGAAGCAAUUGAACGAUGUUAUCAACCGCUGAUACGCAAACAAACCACACCAUUGGUAGCCAUACUCAAUAGAAAACAUGUUUGAAUCACGCGAUAGGUGUUAGCAUUUACGUUUGCGCGCGAGGCUUGUGCAAGCGAAACAUCGAGGGCCGCGGGAGGCGCUUCAACACCGCAGGCUCGAAAAGUAGCCCUUGCAUAAUAUGGCGGACUACGCGCAGUACGGCUCCAUGCCGCCCAGCCGCGUGUCGGUGGGGCGCAUGGGCCAGGUGCAGGGCAACAGCCACGGCGCCCGCGCGCAGGUGGGCGGCAUGCUGGUGGGAGAUGACAACAAACUGUACGGAGCCACCUUCCCCGGGUCACCCCUGGACGCGGCCAGGGUGCGCCCCAAGUCCGCCAUGCCGGCCUUCCGACCCCUGGCCGGAGGACCCCACCACCUCACACACCCCGCCCCGCAGCACCAGCAACACCAGCAGCACCCACAGCAGUCGCCGCGACCCACCAGCAGUCCGCGCAACCGCCCCGCCUCGGCACACGUGCACGGCGGCGGCGGCGCAGGCGGCGCAGCGGCUGCCGCGGCGGCCGCCGCUCGCAGUGGCUCCGCCACCCGCGGCGCCGCCGCCAUCGCCGCCGGCCGCGCGGCGGCGGCGGCGGCUGCCAGCAAGCGCGUGACGUCGGCGGCGGCGCGGGGGCUGCUGGACCGGUCGCUGCCGGCGACGCGGACGGCGGCGGCGCUGGAGGACGAGCUGACGGCGGCGCGGGGGCAGCUGGCGGCGGCGCGGGACGAGCAGCGGCUGGCGGUGGCGGCACUGCGGCGGAAUGAGGCCGAGCUGCAGGAGGAGCGUGCUGCCCGCAGGCGGCUGGAGGAGCAGCUGAGGCUGGCGCGGGAGGAGGCGGCGGCGCGGACGCGGGCGGCCACUUGGGCCCAGACGCACAGUGCCGUCAUGCCGGCGCCCGCGGCCCCGCACGCCGCAGACAUGGACGGCGACGCAGCCGCAGGCACAGGCGGCGGCGGCCAGGCCGGUGGCGCCGCCGGUGGCGGCCGGCGGCAGCGGCCUGACUCGGCCUCUGCGAGCCACAUGGAGGCGAGCCUGCGGCGGGAGGUGCGAGCGCUGACGGCGACACGGGACGCGCUGGCGGCACAGCUGGCGGAGGUGAAGGCGUCGGCACGUGUGCAGAGGCUAGCAGAGCUGCAGGCCGAGGUGGGUCGCUACAAGGAGGAGGCGGCGCGGCAGCGCGACAUGGCGGCGGCCCUGGCGGCGCGCCUGGACGCAGCAGAGGCGGAGGCGGCGGACGCCCGGGCGGCGGCGCGGGCGCGCGCCGAGGCGGCGGAGGCGCUGGCGGCGGCGGCGCCGCUGGCGCUGCCUGCGGAGAACGACCUGAGCCGGCGUGUGGUUCGGGCGGCACUGGUGCCGCUGCACCGGGCGCACAAGAUGAUGACGGCAGAGGCGCGGCUGCUCAAGUCAUCCUUUCCGCCGCUGCUGUCGCUGCCCGAGCUGCGCGACGUGGCCGCGGCACGGCCCGCCACCGCGGGGGCGCUGGAGGCGCUCACCUUCCUCAGCAACCACGUGUCCAGGCUGCUGGAGGAGCUGCGCGGACUGCCGGGUGUGCCCAAGGCGCGGCCCGCUGGACCCGAGGCCCGGGUGGCGCAGGAGGAGAGGCUGGCGGCCGCGACCUCGGCGGCGGCCGGGUCAGGUGGCGGCGCCGCCCGCAGUCCCCGCGGCGACGCCAGUGUCGGCGUCAGUGGCGGCGGUGGCGGUGUGGGUGCUGGGGGCGAGCGGGCGCUUGAGGCCCAGUCGUCUCUGGAGCGAGACCUGGAGGCGCAGGCUGCGGCAGUGGCGGCGGCCCUGGAGCGCGGGCAGCCGCCAGGCGCCGGCACCGUCACCGCCAUCAAGGCCGCACGGGCCGCCGCCGCGGAGAAGGCCGCCGCCGAGCGCCGCCGCAUCACCGGCCUCGCGCCGCUGCCGGCCUCGUCCGCAGUCCCCGCCAAAACCAGCUAUGAGCGCAUCGGCGGCCGCUCGCCGGCCCGGCGAGGGAGCGCACGCGCCUCGGCCCCGGCGGGCGUGCCGCAGCGGCAGGCUCUGGCGGAGGCUAUUGCGGCGCUGGCGGCUGAGGAGCGGCAGCGGCGUGGCGGCGGUGAGGAUCCACUGGCUGAGGCGAUGCGCGACUACCUGCGUGCCAGUGAGGACGUGGCGGCAGGCUACACGGCAGGCGGCGGAGGCGGAGGCGGGCGCAGCAACGCCGGCAGCCUGCGUGCCAGCCGUGAAGACGCGGGCGCUAGCGGUGGCGGCGCGGGCGAUGUCAGCGGCGGCGGCCAUGCUGAUUCUGCCAAGGCAUAUCCUGAGGGCGGUCAGCAGGAGCUGGAGGAGCAGGAGGGGCAGGCGGAGCAGGAGGAGCAGGUGACGGCGCACCGCCGCCACCAUCCCGGCAGCCAGCACGACCACCGCCACCAGCCAGAGCACGAGGAGCGCAGCCACACGGACGCGCACGAGGGCCGCCACCACCACCCUGACAGUGACAGCCAGCGCCUCCACGACCACCAGGAAGGGCACCCCCAUGAGGACCAUCACGACCACCGCGACCGCGACCACCACGACCACGGCACGCACCCCGACCACUCGGGCCCUGCGGAGCAGGUUGCGGAGCACGUGCAUGUGCACGUCCUGGAGCUGCAGCUGGAGCUGGGGCCGGAUGCAUAUGCGGCGACGGCGGAGCCCGAGGACAGCAGCCGGCAGGGCUCGGGCGGCGGCGCCAGCCACGACCGCCACUCCCACCAGUACGAGCCCCUCCACCAUCAUGACCACGACAGCCACCGCGGGUCGCAAGGCGUGGACGAGGCCGGUGCCGAGGCCGGUGCCGAGCAGCAGUGGCGGCCGCAUGAGCAAGCGGCCGAUGGUGCCGAGGCGGAGGCGCGCGAUGGGACCGGUGCUGCCCCGUACGGCGAUGGCGGUGACGGCGAUGCACCGGAGCCAUCCCGGCAGGACAGCGGUGAUGGAGUGCGCAGUCGGGGCAGGGCGGGAGGCAGUGAGGUGGCCGAGGCGGCGGCGGCGGAGGCGGCGGAGGCGGAGGACGAGAGGGCUGGGUCCACGUGGGGUGGUGCAGCUGAUGGGGGUGAUGACGUGGCAGGCGGUGGCCAGACGGCGGCCGAGACCGAAGCCAGGGGCGGAGGCGGCGACGGGGAUGGUGGCUGGGGUGAGGCGCGUGCUGCGCUUGGCGAUGAAGCGUAUCCACCGGCCGAGGACGCGGCCACUGAGGUGGAGCUUGAGGAGGCGGAGGAGGCGGAUUCAGCGGGGGAAGCGGAGGAGGGCGAGCAGCAGCAGCAGACCCAGCAGGAGGAACGGGAGGGCGGCAACUUCGAGGAGGCCGAGGCCGAGGCGCAGGAGGAGGAGGAGGAGGAGGAGGAGGAGGAGGAGGAGGAGGAGGAGGAGGAGGAGGAGGAGGAGGAGGAGGAGGAGGAGCGGCUGGGUGAGGCGGCGGCGGCGGCGGCCGCAGAUCCUGAGUACGGCGGCGGGGAGGAGGAGGGCUUUGGAGCACGUGACCUGCAGCCCGAGCCGGAGCCGGAACGGCAGCACGAGGAGGCGCCACGCGGCGUGGGGCGCCCGCAGGACGAGGACGAGGAGGAGGGGGUAGCGGUGGAGGAGGAGGUAGACUUCGGCGUUGAGGACGUUGCAUACGAGUUCUAAGAGGACAGACAGAGAGGUGCUGGGUGGUGCCAUGGCCGGUCGCAAUGCAUCCAUUGCCAAACACGAGUGGCAGUGACUGUUAUGCAUAAUUGUAUACUGUGGUGUGUGCGGCCCAAUCUGCCGGCGCGCCCGUGCAUGGCCGAAUUCAGUCGGACCGCCCGUGCUACCCAGCCCACUGGACGAUGGGACCUUCUAUGAACAGAUGGGAUGCCGGAUACGGUAGGGAGCAGGAGGAAUACCAGAUAGGUAGCGGAGUGCAGAAGCCGUGCAAGCGGCGCCGCCGAAAGGGGAGGGCUGGGCUGGGCUGGAGGAGGGUCCGCGGGCGGUAACGCUUUCCCCGGCACACACACACGCGUGUGUGCCCGCCUGGCUGCGGAAUGUGCUUGCAAUUUCCCCUGGAUUC